AAAAAACUUAGAGUCAAAAAACAAUAUACUUCUCUUAGAAUGUUUUAAAUAUCCAAUGGCUAAACGUAUCCUAGAAAUUUAUCCAAUCGUGAUAAACAUACAUUAGUCAGUCAAUAGUUGGAUUGGCGGUACACACGAGUGUUGUCUAAGUGAAAUAGCAUUUCGAACAUUUCCGUGUAAUGUAGCUUAGUAAUAACAAAUUGUAAGUAUUGAAUCGUCAUACUUAUAUCAAUACCCAUUAUUCCAUUGGAAAGUGUCAAAAAUGGAAAUUUUGUGAUUUUUAUGUUUUAAUAACUAUUGAGUAGUUAUUUUACUGAAUUAAUAGGUUAGUAUGAAACGGAGUGUCUAUGAUAUGUCGACGAUUGCGACCAUUUCAUUGUAAACGUGAAAUAAAUAUAGACAAUAACUGAUCAAAAUUUUUAUCUAUUGCUGUUUAUCAGUGUUCUAAUAUUUAUAUAUAAAAAUUAUUAGACUCAUUUGAAAUGAUAUUGCGUGUCUUCAGAAGCCUACAAUAUGCAAUUUUUGUUAGUAUGUGUUAAAAUGUUGAUUACAUAUAUCAUUACUAACACGUAUGACAAUUCUGUUAUGAUUCUGAUGAGUUAAUUAUGGUGAUCUUCAAAACUGCUUUAGAUAAAUGAAUACCUAUAAACUCUACUUGCAAAUACUCAACAAAAUGUCAUGAACAGUAUUGACUUGUACAAGCAGAUGAGUAAUAACAUUAUUGAUAUGCGAUGAGUGGUGGUGGAUUCCGAGGACGCGGAUUCGGACCACAUGGGCCAAGAUUUAAUAGCCCAAUAUCAGGAGGACGAAAUGAUGGUUCAAGAAAUGGGCCGAGACAUAGAGGAAAUUAUUCAAGAGGAAAUUAUAGCAACCCACCACAAUCAUUUUCAUCACAAUCAGGACAAAGUAGAAGAGGUGAUCAACAGCAAGAAAACUGGCCUCAAAACCGAUCAUUGUCACGAUGGGAGCAGCCACAUGGUCUUCAGGGUAAUAAUCAACCACCAACUUGGUCUCACAAUCGCGGGGAACCUUUUCAAAAUUCAUCUGUAAGAUUUCAAUAUCACAAUAAUGCAUCUUAUCAUUCACGAAGUGGAAGAGGCCACUUCAGAAGUAAUAGUGGUGGAGGAGGUAAUUUCAGAUUUACUGAGCAUAGAGGAUCAAAUAAUUACUAUAAUCCACCAUAUUAUAAUACUCCAUAUAAAGAAAACACGUUUCAUCAACAAGAACAAAAUAUAAUCCCUAAUGAACCAGUUCCCCCUCUACUUGGCUCAGAGGAAGAACGUCAGCAAAAGAUAACGGAAGCAGCUGACGAAUUAAAAAGAAAACUUUUAACCAAUCGAGCUAUACCUGAAGAAGAAUCAAACUGGUAUGAAGAUUUUAAUAUUGAUAGCAUGACCGCUGCGGAUAAAGAAGCAAAUACUAUUAAGGCAAUUCCGGAGUUAAAACAUGGUCCACCUGAACUAAAGUUAACUUUAAAUGAUUUAAAGGAUAUUGGCCGAGUAGAUAUUGAUAAUACAAUCGAUCCUUCUGCAACAGAACCAAAUUUAAUUAUUGAACCUUAUGAUGAAAGUGCUGAAACAAAUAGUAUCCAACAUGAUAGCAAUGAUAAUAAUGAAGAAACACAACAACUACCGUUGAUUACUCUUGAAUAUUCUAGUGAAUCUAUAGACCUUGAUAUUGAUGAUGGGACUAAAAAGUCGAUAAAAAAAUCAAAACGAAAUUCUAAAGUUAGGUUGAAAAAUGCAGAAAAAACAGUCACUGAACAUCAAAUAACUGGAGAUGCUAUUUUCAAUAGUUCAAAAGAAAUUAUUCAAGCUUCAAGUGUAAUUGAAACGGAAGAUAAAAAUAAAAAAUAUGUGAAUGUAGAAGAUAUUUCAUUAAAUGCAAUCGAUGACGAAUCAGUCAUUAAUAUUAAUCAAAGUAAUAUGAUGAGAAGUACUUCGAUUGAUAGCCUAUCGAAUUCUCAAUCAUCUACCGUCCAAAAUUCAUUAGAUUCUUUUUCAAUCAUGACUGCUGAAUCUGUAGAAUGUAUCUCAAAAAGUUCUCUCCAAAAAUCCAAUCCAAAGAAUAUUUUGUCACCAAAUACAUUAAAGACAAAUGAAAGUCUAUCAGAAACGUCAGAACAUGAUAAAUCAGAAAAACAAAUUCAUCAAAACUGUCAAAAACAAGAAACCAAAAAUACAAAAAGUGAAAAAAUUCAUAUCAUUAGUGCUUAUAAUAAAAGGAAGAUGAAAAAAGAAAGUUCAAAACCUCCACUUGAUUUCGAUCCAAGAAAACCACCUCCUCAUGUCAAUCAAUCGUUUACGACAAAUGAAGAAAUUUUACAACCUCCACCGGCAUUUGAUCCACGACGAAAUUUAUCAACCAUUAUACCUGACUUUGAUCCUCAAAUGCCACCUCCAAUUCUUAACAAUCAAACAGAUACAAUCAAGUCGUUUAAUACUCAUCUCCCUCCAAUGCCUUCUAUUAUUCCAUCUGCACCUGCCACCGGUGUUCCCAUUAAUAUGCCAUCUACUAUGCCUGGUUAUGGACACCCAGGUUACAAUCCAAUGGUACCAUAUGUUCCAGCCGUUCCGAUGCCGUAUUCACAAGUAAUUGCACCUGUGGAAUAUUCACUGACCCAAAUGUCUCAACCACCAUUACCGCCUUCGACAGUAAAUGAUUCUUUAUCAGUUGAAAGAGUCACAAAUAAGUCUGAAACUAAUGGUGAUCCUAAUUUGAGUGUUGAUGAUGUUCUUGGUGAAAUGAAAGAAGCUAUGGAAUUUGCUAAACAAUGUAUGGUUAUGGGAGAGGAUGAAGAUGUUAUUAACUUUCCAACGCUGCCUAAUUUACCUCCACUCCCAAAAUUUGGAGAGCAUAACAAAGAUAAACCUACUACCAAACCGAAGAAAACAAAAAAAUCUAAACAGGAGACGUGUUAUGGGCCACACCCGAAACCCGAUUCAGAAAAUAUACAAGAAACCAGUAGAGAACAGACUUUAGCUUCAAUAAGAUUGCCAGAAGAAAACAGUACAUUAUCAUUAGAAAAGAAAAGUAAAACAUCCGAAAUCAAUUAUAAAAUCACAGAUGAAAAAAAUACAUUAGUUGAAGAAACAAAUAAAAGCAUUGAAGAAAAAGUUAAAUGUUAUUUAGAAGAAAGCCCAGCAGAUGAUCUCGGACGUCGUAAAGUGAUGUUUAAUUUAAGUUCGAAAUUUAAAAAAUUAAAUAAGACUGAAGAAUGGAUGAAUGAAGCAAUGGAGGAAGAGAAUAAGCAGAAAAAUAGAAAAUUGAAAAUACUCUCAUCACCUGCUGUUGCUGUUGUUGCUCCUACGACAAUGACUAGUACACUAAUAGUUGAAACAAAACAAAAUAAUCAUACUAGUCAAGAAAAAAUAAGUUCAAAAUUAAUAAAAGAUAGUUCUUCCAGUGAAAAUAGUCAUCAAAAGGAUAAAGAUUCAAUACAAACUAAGAAUAAAAAUAAAGAAAAAGAAUCAGAGAAACGAGAGAGUAAGAAAUAUAGUGAUAAAAUUGAUACUUACGAAGAUAUUCAAAGAAAGACCAGAAAAAGCAGCAGAGCACAACUGACAUCUGGUUCAAAAUCAGAAAAAAACGAUACUAACAAUGAAUUUAUCGCUGAGAAAAUCAGCGAAGCAAAAACAUAUACACACAAACUAUCUGCAAAGAAAAUAACACCUGCUUUGACUGAGUCUUCUUGGAAGAAUCGCGUAAUUACACGUUUUUUAAAGAUGAGUAAAAAUGAUAUUCAAAAUAUGAUAAAUAAUUCAAGUCUUCGUAAAUUCGACAUUGCCAUGCAACACCUCGUUAAAGAAAAGAAAUCAUCUCUGUCUUUAGAAAUGAGACUCAAUGAACAUGAAAAAAUGAAAAACAGUAGUAAUUAUAAUAAUGAAGAUUUUAUGAGUCAAUUACAGGCUAUUCUCGAUCCAGCAGCAACAGUUGACAUUACCAAUUUACCAACGACUUUUCUACAUCAAUUAAGUGAGGUAUUACAUUUAGAUCCAUUGCCUACUGAUCUAGAAGAUUCAUCAGACAAAUCGGAACCGCAGAUUUCACUUAAUCAAGAUUUGUUAUCAUUAAAAAUGGAUAAACCCGUGUCCAUAGACUCGUCACAAUAUCCUGAGACCAAUACACCUGCUUCUUCAACUCAUGAAAUGUCUAAACCAAGGAAGAUCGAUAAACAGAGUAUAGACAUGACAAAAUACACAUCGACUAUGGACACUAGCACACAUUUUCGGACUCGGAACAAACGCAAUGAGGUUGAUACCAGCGUUCAACGAUCGGCCACAAGUAGUACCGUAACUCCAAUACAGUCAGCUUCUACCAUAGAUAACUUGAAUAUGGAUGACCUAGAUGAUAUAUUUGUAGCUGGUAUACGAGCCAAAGCUAAGUCUACUUUGCAGUCUUUAAUCAACAGUCCUAUAACUACCAAUGAGCGAAUUUCAACAACAAUGCCUGUAAAAAAAAUUGAAUUGACGUAUACCGAAAGUGAUAAAAUACCUACUGCAGAAUUAGAUGAAAUUUUUUCUCCUGUUCUAGCUAAGACUAAAACAUUUUCACUGAAAACUACUGCAUCAACUAACAUGGAAACACUUGAACGAGAACAAUCACAUAUGUCACACCGAGAAUCGCAUAGUAAUAGCAGUGUUAUAAGUUCAUGGAAAAGAAAGGGCAUUGACGACCCUGAUAAUUUUCGCAAUUUAACUAAAGAAGAGUAUGAAGCACGGUAUGGAGAUUUUUCUCAUAUUUCAAAUGAAGAUGAAAAUAGGACGAUAACACAUAAAACUCAAAAAAUGAUUCUCAAUGGCCGAGAAAUUAUAACAUACUCAACUCAGUCAAAUAAAAAUUAUACAUCAUAUACUCCACCAGAUGGACAAAAUAAUAAUCUUACAGAAAGUGAAAAUGAAAGUGUUAGUGGACUUGAAUCGGAUAGUUCAAGUAGCUCUAGUUCAGUUAGUGAUGAAGAAUCUUUAGAUGUAUCCAAAGUUUUACGAUUUAUAAAAGAACGUGAAAAAAUUGCAAAAAAGAAAAGUAUUAAUGAAGAAAUACGAGAUGAAGUGAGUGCAGAAAUAGAAAAGAAACGUAGAGAAAAAAAUGCAAAACACAGGUCACAUAAAUCGCGAUCGAAAAAGAAAGAGAGAAGAAAAAAAGAGAAAGACCGAAAAGGAAGAAAAAAGAAACCAAAGAAGAAGCGUAAACGUAGACAUCAUUCACCGUUAUCUAAUAUUAGUGAAAAUGAAAAUGCGGAACGGCCUUUGUGGUUGUUAAGAGAAAAUGAAAUUAAAAAAGAACCAACUGAAGAAAUUUUAAAAGAAGAAGAAGAUGAAAAUGAAUCAGAUAAUCAUAUUAUACAUUCAAAAACUACUUUAAUUACUCAAACAUCUAUGACGACCUCAGAAAGUAUAAAAAAUAUUGGUCCAAAAGUUGGUACAACAAUACAAACUUCUACUGUAGUUUCACCCCAACAAUCAUCAAUAGUCAAUCCAAUUGUCACUAAUUCAGUGAUAUCGAACAUAAAAAUUUCUCCAGCAUCACCAUCACCAACUUUUUCAUCAAGAACUAAUAAAACGUCAUGCCCUUCAAAUUUGCGUUCAUCUCAAUCCCCUGUACCACAUACGAAGACAAAAGCUCAGUUAAAGCAAAUGCCAGAAGUGCUUACAAAAACAAAAACUGAUCAACCAACAUCAAUAGAGACUCAACUCUUUACUGAAAAGGAGUCUAUCAACAAUCAAAUAUGUGUUCAAAAAACUAAUUUGACGACUGAACAAUCAUCAAAAAUUAUUCCAAUAACAACAGAGAAAAUUACAACAUCGACAGCUUCUGGGCCACGGAAACUUGACAUUAAACAAUACCAAGAGCGUGCUCAUCGACGAAAGCUUCAAGAACAAGAGAAAGGAAGAGCUAUCGCAGAAAAUCCAACUGUUUUGACACAAGAUUUAUUAAAACUUCCAACAAUAAAUAAAUGUCCAACUGCAAGUGAAAAUCAAUUGAGUUUAAUAACAUCUUCAGAACCUUCUAAAUCUACUACCAAUCUACCUAUUAAUACCACAAGUACUCCCGAAGCUGAAGAAAUUGAAAAAAUUGUUCAGAAAAUUCCUCGUAACACAACAUCUAUCUGCAAAACUGAAGAGAAAUCUUUGACUGAAACUUCUAAAAUUUCUAACAUUCCAGUUUGUACUAAAUUAACACAAACAUCAACAUCUACUUCAAUGUUAAAAACUUCAAAAGAUAAAAAUAUUGAGGAAAGUAAAUUUGCUAAUAUAAAAUCUGAGGGUAGUAAGGAAAUGAAACUUAAAGAAAAAUUGAAGAGAAAGCCUGUAAAACCUGUCAUUACUAAUAUCGCAGUUUUAAAGAAUAACCCGCUAUCUUCUCAAAAUAAAAAAUCAAAAAUUGGUCCAAAGUCGUCAAUGUCUGUUAAAACUUUGAAUAUGGGCGAAAAAAAAAUAAAAACUUCAGAAAGUUUUCACACAACUGCCCAAAGUGUGCUAUUGUCUUCAGCUUCUAGUAACACCAAUAUUUUAAACGAAAAGAAGGCAUCUAUAAAUAUUGAAAUCGACCAGCAGAAUAAACUUAAACAAAAAAUGAGUAAAUUAGAAGAAGGAAAAGAUAUAAGCAUAAAAGAACUAAGUGUAUCUCAAGUCAAUUUAGCUGAAGAAUUGUGUGAAGUGCCAAAAGAAAUAGUUUUAAAAGAUAAAUCAACUUUAUGCAAAAAAAUCCAUACUCAUGGUAAAAUGGCACAAAAAUUUUUCCAUUAUUUUACUUCAUCGAAACAAAUUCAGAGUGAUGGAUUUCCUGAUACGGUAACAUUUGAAAUAAUGGAAACCAACAAACAAUAUAUUCCUAUAAAAAAUUUCAAUGAUGAAUCAACGUUAUCAUCAAAUAAAACAAAUGAAAAUCUUGAGAAAACAAUUCAUGAAAAUACGACAGAUUUGAAUGAACUAUCGAAUCCAGUACUAAAUAAGGAAAUGAAAGAGGAAAUUGAUGAGUCGAGCAUUUGUAGUGAAGUUCAACCGAUUUCAAUCAAUUUACAGUUUGAAAAAGAUAAUGGGAAUGGAGAUAUGUUACUUUUGGUAAGUAAUCGAAAAAAAAAUUCAAUUGAUGCAGAAAAUAUUACAGAAGAAACAAGUAUAGAAAAACCAUUCAAAUCUGAUGACUGUUCAGUUAAAGAAGUAGCUCUUAUAAAUAUGCCAAUGAAUAAAUUAGAAACUAUUGAAAUACAAUCGGUAAUAAAAGAAAAAGAAAACGAAAUAAAAAAAGAAGAGUUACUAUUGUCCGAAAAAGAAGAAAAUCUAUCAAUUUCUCAUCUCCAAGAGUUAGAAAAACUUUCAUCAACUUUAUCCAAUAAUUCUGAAGAUCGUUUGAGCGAAGAUAUUUCAGAAUGUAGUACUUUAGUGCCUUCUGAAGAAAUUAAAAUUAUAAAUACAUUGGAAAGAAUUACAACAGAGGAAUUUGUAAAUAUUUCUGAUGGUGAAUUGAUAGAUGAUAAAGUAUUUUCUGAAAAUCCACUACCAGAAAUAAAUUCUCUAUCAGAAUCACCAGGUGAAGCUAAAAAAGACUUAACUUUAAGAGAGUCAGAGCUUUUGUCUAAAACAUCAGAAAAUAGUGAGAUAUUGUCUUCUGAAACUAAUGAUUGGAAUGUUAGUGGUACGAAAAAUGAAGAUGAAAUUGACUUAAUACCGGAAGAGAUAAUUGAUCAGUCUCCUCAUGAACAAGAAUUAGAAUCGUCUUUACUUAGAGUUCAAACACUAAAUACUUAUGAAUCAGAAGAUAUUGAAACGCCAUUUUCUUCAAAAUCUGUGGUGCUUCAUGAUAAAGUAUUAGCUGCAGAUAAUGUCAGAAAUUCAUUUUUAGAUGAUCCAAUUACAUUUUCAAAUACAAAAUCUCCAACUUCUGAAACAAUGGAAUUCGAAAUUUUAAAUGACGCUGAUAUAGUGGGAUCAAUUUACAAUAAUCAAUUAGAUGAAACUUCACCUAUUGAUAGUAUAGAAGAUGUUCCAGCUGAUGAACCAUUUGGAGAAGAUGAAGGAGUAAAUACUUUAACACUUCCAGCUUUAGAAAGUCCUUGUUUGCCACCAGAAACUGAUGAUAGUUUUAUUUUAAGUCAAAAUUCAUCUAAACAAAUAAAAGACACAGAUUUUCCAGACAAAGAAUUAAUGAAAGAAAUUGAAGGGACAUCACCAGAACGUUUACCAUCUCCAAUUCUUCAACUUUCGUCUAAAUUAUCUGAUAAUGAUGAUGAUGAUGAUGAUAAUAAUAAUAAUAAUGCUGAUAACGAUAUUAGCAAUGAUAAAAAUCAUGAUGAUGACAACUCUAGAGAAAACGUUGCUACAAUUAUUAGCACUACUAGGUUCACAGAGGGCGUAAUAAAUACAGAAAAUAAUUACCCAGAAUCCACGGGGCCAACUGAACAUCACAUUGAACCAACUUCAGACGUUUUAAAAAAUAAUUCCUUAACGGUCGACAUUAGUAUUGAUAAAGAUAUUGAAUUAAAUUCUUUCAACGAAAAAUCUAAUAAAAAGUUUCCUGAACGAGAUAAAAUAGAGGAAAGCUUAGAAGAAAUUCUAUCAGGAAAGCCUUCGAAAUAUGCACAAAUGUCUCCAACUAUUGAGGAAAAUAUUUUAAACAUUGUGGACCACGUACAAACAGAAGGUAACAUAAACUAUGAACCUAUAUCAGGUAGUACAGAAAAUACGCAAAUGUUUCCAGAAAUAUCAACUUCAUCAAUUCAAUCUCACACCUCAAAGAAGCAAGAAAAGUAUUCGUCAAAAGAUGAUUCAUCGAGAAAAAGCAGAAGUAAAUCACGUACACCUCCCCGAGAUCUGAAAAAAAAUAAAAAACGUCAUCAUCAUCGAAAGAAAUCUAAACUGUCAGCAGAAAAAGUUGAAGAAGCGAUAACGGCGAAUAUUACUAAACCUAUAUUAGUUACAAAAGAUUCUGUUAUGAUGAGAAUGCAGGAGAUUGAUUUAGCUAUUCAGAAACUUAUGGAUGAGAAAAUGGCUCUCUAUCAAAUGUUAAAAGAUGAUAAAUGGCCAUCUGUUCAAACUGAAGAGCAUCCAAUAUUGACUGAGCCGAAAACACCUAAAGUGAAAUCUCAUUUAUCUACAUCAUUAACUGACAAGCUGGCUGUAAAGACACCGCGGGUUGUUGUAUCAAGAUUGGCAGAAAGCGAUAUGAAGCAAGCAUCAACAUCAUCAGUCGUUGAACUUCUUCAAUCUAAACCUGAGUAUUCUAGUACCCCAAAACACGAAAGUUUGUUAUUAAAUAAAUUUUCUAAAACUGAAGAGAAAAAUAAUAAAAUAUUAAGUUUAAAUAAUACUGCAAUAUCUAAAAUGCCGAAAAAAAGAAAACACAAGGAAGACAGAGGCCAUAAUAAAAAUAAAAAUUUAAAAACAGAUGGAUCUCCAGAAGCUAAACGACAAAUGAAUUCACAAGAAUAUCUUCAUAAACAUAAAAAAUCAUCAAUAGCUGCUAAAAACAUCAGAGAAUCAUCUCGUAAACCAUUCAAAUUAUCACAGUUAUUGACAACUUUUAAACCAAAAACAUCUAUAGAGAAAAGAAGAUCUACAAGUCCAAAAGAAUUACAGCGAAUUCAGAAAUCUUCAUCAAUAAGUAUUGAAAAAAAUGUAAAUGUUAGUCAAGAUCUUACAAAAUUAUUGAAAAAAAAUGAUUUAAAUAGUUCAGAAGAAGCAAAUAAAGAGAGUGGUUGUAAUGGAAAGAAUAAAUUAUCUGUCGAUAAUGAUAAAAAUAAUGAAAAUGAACAUUUUGAACUAUCUAAAAAGCAGAGUCAAGAAAAUUUUAAUAUUUCUGAAGAUGUUCCCAAUCUAAUUUAUUCUGAUGACAGUACUUGGGAUCAUAUAGAUAGCUUCCAUGAAAAAUCCGAAAGAUCUACUGGUUUACUUCUACUAGAAGAAAGUAUGAAACGUGAGAAAGCAGCUAAAAAAUCAAAGUAUCUGACGUCAAAAAAGAAAAUAUCAAAUUCAAAUACAAAAGAAGAUUUAGUAUCUUCUGAUCUCGAUGAUACAAUGCCUCUUAUUUAUGUCAUUUCUAAAAAAAAAUUGAAAAAGAAACAGUCAAUGCUUAAUAAAAAACUUAACAAAAGCAGCAAUAAUGAAGAAACUCCAAGAAUUGAUCAUACAGAAGAAAUUAUUGAUGCUGUAGCAACAAAUCGAGUUCAUGAUUUGUACGAUAAUUCUAUUUCUAAAGAUAAUGAGCAAUGCAGAUUUGAAAAAGAAUCUAAUAAUCAACUGUUAACAACAAUUGAAAAAUUAGAUGAUUCAAAUAUGGAAGAGACUAGAGAAACUUCAAAUAAAAUAGAAACAAGAACCGAAGUGGUAGAAAGUCAAAUCAUAGAAGGAAGCACUGAAACAGAUAAUAGUAAGAAAAACUACUUAGAUACAGAGAUAAGAGAGAAAGAAGAUUUUCAUCCGAAAACACCAGACUUUGUUGAGCCACUUCAAAUAACAGAACAAAAUACUGAAGAACAUUGUGAAAAUGAAAAUAACCCAAAUGAGGAAGAAUGGACUACGUUAGAUUCUGUUGGGUUUAUUGAUGAAAAAGAUGACGGUCUUGAUGAUAUUUCCGAUGAUAGAUUGGAGAUACAUACGAGUUUCGAAGAAGAAAAUAGCAACAUAAGUUCUACAGAUAUUCUUGAAAAAGGACAAGAAGAAUCAGCGACACUAGUAAGAUCAUCUUCACCAAUUGAAGAAGAUAACAUUAAUAAUACACAAUCUGAUGCAAAAAUGAAUAAUUAUGAAAAAAAUCAAAAGAUAUCAGAAAUACAAUCAACAAUACUACAAGACUGGGCAGAAUCUCCAUCACAUUCCAGUCGCUAUGAUAAUGACAUUAAUUUGGAAAUGAAAAAAUCUAGAUUUGAUUUAAAUCAAAUUACUACUCGAGAAUCACCAUUAAUGGUAAAUGCCAAUGAGGAGACAAAAAUUUUUAAUGUCGAAGAAAAUAAUAAAGAAUCAGAAAUAGAUGAUACAAGUGUGAAUGAUAGUCAAAGACUUUUAGAAUUAAAAGAAUCGACAACUACAAAAAAUAAAAAGAAAAGUGAUGAUAAAGUCGAAGAAGAGAAUAAAGAAGAAGAAAAUACAAUAAAUCAAGAUGAAGAAGAAAACUUAAAGAAAAGGAAAAGUUCAUUAGAAAGAGAAAUUGAACGACCAACGUCAAUAGUAAAAGAACUUGAAAAAUAUGGACAUUCAUUCUGUGAACCUGUAAGAUCUAAAUCUGCUGUGCAAGAAUUAGAAAAAUCUGAGUAUUCAAUAAAAGAAACAAACAAUAAACGACCGAAAUCUGCAACGAAAGAAAUUGAAAGACCAAAAUCUAUAAUAAAAACAAGUGAAAAAUUCAUAUGUAUAAUUGAAGAAACUAAGAGCUUAAAAUCUGCUGUAAAAGAAAUUGAGACUCCAAGCUCUACAGUGAAUGAAAAUGAUAGAUCGAAAUUUAUAGUGAAAGAUUUAGAAGUUCCAAAGAAUGUACCUAAAGAUGUUGAGCUGGAAAAAUCAACAAUAAGAGAUUCUGAAAAAAUAAAAUUAACACGAAAAGAAAUAAAAAAAAUUACUGAAGAAAAAGAAGCAUCAAUUGAAGAAAAUGUUGAAAAUGAAGAAAUUUUGAAGAAAAAACGAGAAAAAAUAAAAACUAAAUCGAAAGUUAUGGAUGACGAAGAAUCAUCAGUUGAAAAAGACAUUGACAAUGAUGAAGUUUCAAAGAAAAAACGAGAGAAAAGUAAUAAAAAUAAAAAUCUUCUAGCAAGUCGAAGAAGUUCACGAAGUUCUAGACAAUCAGACGAUAGUAACAGAACAUCUAGAAGUCGUUCACGAUCUACAAGAGUAGAAAAAUCACCUAGUUCUCGAGAUACUUCUCCUCCUGAAAUGGACUUAAAGAGUAGACCAACUUCAGGCAGCUCUUCAAGCUCCUCUGUAAAUAGUAGAAAAAAAUCUACCACAAAUUCAAGAAGUAGAGAAACUACUAAAAUAGAUAGUAGAUCAACUCGACGGAAAAGAAAACAGAAAAGGCUCGGUGAUUCAGACAUUAACUUAAUGAGAAAAUGUAAAGUAAGGUUAAUAGAUUGUAAACAAAUAUAUCGUGAACCCAGCCUUUAUUCGAGUUUUCUUAAAUCGCAUGGAUUGUCAAGAAUUAAUAAUUGGAUGUUACAAGAAAUUAUACCUCGACAAGAAACGCCUCCAAGAGAGUCUAAGAGACCUUCUAUUAGUGAUGAAGAUAAAAAUCAUAGUGACGAUGACUCAAUGGAACUCAUUCAAGUUGAAGAAGUUGAUGAUCUUCAAACUAUGGAUACUCUAGAUUCUUUAGCAGAUGAUAGUAUUCAAGAUUCCAGAGAUCAGAAUGACAACAAUUCUUCAAUAAGUUCAGAAUUUGCAGAGUCACCACAAAACGUCGAUAUUGCGGAAUCAGACUUUGAUGAGUAUCGUGAUAAUGAUGAAGAACCUGAAAUUUUGGAAUCAGACAUUGAAAUUUUAGAAAAACAAUCUCCAGCAACAAAUGCUUCCAAUCUUAUUUAUUCAAAAGACAUUGAAAGUGAAGAACCUCGUAGGACACAGUAUACUGUUCACAAAGGACCGAUUCUUGAUAUUAAGGUCUUUGGUGAUUCCUUUUUAGCAGCCAGUGAAGACGGAGCAAUAUAUAGAUAUAGUCAAAGGUCCAAUGGUAUAUUAAAUAUCUAUAAAGGUCAUGAUGCAGCAGUUACUUGUUUAUAUAUUCAUGAAGUUCCUGGAACAGCUGAAAGUGGAAAUACAAGAUGGAAUUUGUUUUCUGGUUCUCUCGAUGCAACCUUAAGAUGUUACGAUGUUAUAAAUGGGUCAUUAGAUCGUCAUAUAUCUGAAAUUGGAAGUCCUAUUCAAUGUAUGGAUCAAGCUUGGGGAAAUAUUUUUAUUGGAACCAAGUCAGGUCACAUUUCUCGAUAUGAUAUUAAAUCUGGCUGUUUGAGAGAAGAUAAAUUAGACUUUUCUGAUAAACCAAUACUUGCACUUCGAGCUUCAACUGAAGGACCGCGAAAAAUUCUGAUUGUUGCUUCUCGUAAUCAACCUAUCACUAUUAGGGAUGCACAAAAUGGAUUAUUUCUACGUACAAUAUCUGGUCAGAGAAAUCAUACUGUCUAUAGUUUGUUGAUGGAUAAGAAUCUUGUUUAUUGCGGGACCAGUAACACUUCGAUUCCAGUCUUUGAUUUUAUUAGUGGAGAACAAGUUGCUCAGUACACUGCCGGUGUUGGUAUUGUUUGCAUGCGACUUUAUAAACAAUUGUUGUUUGCCGGUUGCUAUGAUGGGAAUAUAUAUGUCUUCGAUACAAAUGAUCUAAAAUUGAUAUGCAGUAUCCCUGGGCCUGGCAAUAUGCUAUUGAGUUUAGAAAUUGUAAAUGAUGAAAUCAUAGCCGGUAGCAAAGACAGGCGUCUACAUGCAUGGAGAAUGCCUAAUCAGAUAAGAAAUAUGAUCACUGAUCGAACGUGAAAUUAAUUGAAUGCUCCCAUCAAAGUGCCUGGAACAUCUAGUCAAAAAUAAUAUUAUAAAAUUUGUUCUUUUAUAAAUGCAAUCGAAGACAAUAUCCCGCAUAAGAGCGACAAAAUAUUUCAAGUAUAACAUUGUACAUAUAAUAUAUACUAUUGCACAUAGUAACAUUUUAAACUUUGUACAAAAAUACUGUAAAAAGUUUCUCAAAAAAUUUUAAUAUUUUAGGACAAU